AUGGGCUUACGUGGUUUUCCGUCUUCACCCCCUUUUAGGACAACAGGAGAUGGAAACUGCCUGUACAAUGCUUGUUCCAUUGCAUUGUGUGGCAACGAGACCCUUGCACCUUACCUGCGUUGUCUUACAAGCAUUGAGCUUUUUGUAAAUUCUUUGUUUUAUGUAAAACACCCUAUCUUAGAGCAGCAGCAUAACAAAGGCGCAUUUUCUUGCAUUGCAAAUGCUUUUGCAAUGUGCCUGUCCGAUAUAGCUCUGGAUUCGCUUGCUAAGGACGAUCUUAGUAAAUCUGUUGUAACCGAAUCAUACAACAAUGCAUUGAAUCGCCAGUGGAGCUCGUUCCUUUGCCUUCUUGCAUUGUCAAGUGCAAUAAGCCUUCCAAUUGAGGCAUACUUUCCCAUCCCAACAACAAAUGAAAGCACCUCCGAAGAGAAGAAAGAUUCUUUGUCCACAAUGUUUAAUUGCACUAUUCAGCCACGAGUAAUAACUAAAUUGAAUUCUGAUGAGAGGAUUCACAUUUUUCGGUGUGCACUGAUGCCAAUAGAUUAUUCUGUGGUGAGUAAAAUUCCUGCACGUAAAAACCAUUACGUUGCCCUCUGUAAGCCAAAAGACAACAUCAGUGACCCAACCUGCAUUCAGAAGUUUUUUAUGAAGCCCGUUCUCUCCGGUAUUGACGCAAGUUCGACCGAAAUAAGGACGACCCCUUCAUAUGCUGGAAAAAUAUCACAGGCAUUGUCUGCUCCCCAACCCUCAUCUGGCCAUCAACCUUCAUCCGCUCCGCAACCUUUAUCUUCUGGUACACAAAAAGUUAAAAAAAAGCAAGCUGUUCUUGAUAAUUUAUUUCCGAAGAAAAGAAAAUUCGGCGAGCAAAGUGGUGAUGAAGAGGCUCAAAUUCAUAACCAACAACCGAAGAAACGGCCAAGCAGCUCGCUGGUACAAAAAGAAUCAUUUUCAAAACCGGAUCCUUCUAGUUUUCCCACAGACAUAGCCAAUUACGCGAACGCAUCCUCGUUAACUGAUGAACGAAAGUACCAUGUUCUUUGUAAUGUUUGGAGACCAUCGGCAACGUACACGUUUCCAUUGGACAACGACAAAAGAAAGUUCCGUUUUGAAUGGUUGAACUUAUUCCCGUGGCUAGCGUAUUCACAAAAGGUGGAUGGAGCUUUCUGCAUAAAUUGCGUGUUAUUUGGUUCGGAAUGUAAAGGUGUGCACAAUACAAGUAAACUGAACAGGCUAUUUACAUCCCCCUUAAGAACAUGGAAAGUUGCAUCUACCAAAUUUCGUGAGCAUUCGGAAAAGUCGCCACUACACAAAGCAGCCACAUCGCGUGCAGCAAUAUUGAGAUCGCACAUGGAAAAGAAAUCGGAACCCAUUGAUGUUUUGCUGGAUGAAAUGAAAAGGCAACAAAUAGAAGAGAACAGACAAAUAUUAAGACCCAUCGUUGGAGCAAUUGUUCUUUGUGGAAGGCAAAAUAUUUCAUUACGAGGACACAGAGAUGAUUCUUCAAACCCAACUUCAGGGAAAAUGA